UUUGCACUCUGCCAAUGGCACUUGUCAGCAGAUGCAUCAACAAUGACUAAAAACACUCACACACACACACACACGCACGCAAACGCAGUGUGGUCUUAGGGACGGACGAGAUCCAUGACAGGGCAUGUUCUGGUCUCCUCAUCUAUGUAACAUUUAUACAGCAAAAUAACAGCUAAUAUCAGAGAUAAACAAAUGUGUUUAUCGCAGAACAUAAACUCUCAGCAUAUCUGUCAAAUAGGGAGCGGUAACUCAAAUCAAUGCAGUGUGAUUAUUACUAGUUACAUGUAUAAUGUAAAGAUAAUGAAUCCUUGUGGAUGAGAUAAUGAAUCCAUGUUUUCAGGACUCUGCUGAUGUUAUUUUCAUGUGUGAAAUUUUGGGCCCCCCAGACAAAAUGCCCCCCUGCCUACCCAAUUUUAUAUAUAAUUUUGCAUAUUGAACACUACCAGUCAAAUCUGUUGCUGGCAUGUAGAGAAAUGUUUACUGUGGAUGUGGUCUUUUGCAUGUUGAGCUGUAAAAUUAGAAAAGCAAAAGACUAUAGUAAAAAAAAAUGCUUGUGUACAAUCAUAAUAAACUGUUAUGUGAUGUUUGCAGUAUUCAGUACUCCAGAAAGGUUACUGUAAAGGACAAAGUAUAAAAUCCAAAUUAAAGGCAUAUUACAGUAAAAUGUCAAGCCCCAGUCACGGAAGAAUAUUCACUCUGCCACAUCACCAUGUCUCUGGGCUGCGUCAGGACAGAAAACUUUGUCUACAUCACAGAAAAUGCUCUCCCUUGCUGGGCAAUGCGGGAAAAAUCCGCUGUGUGACCCGUUUGUACCUUGACGUCGAAAUUCAAGCCACCUAUGGUACUUGCACUCUCCUCCAGCAUGUAUUCUAUCUUCUAGUCACUCUUUGGCUUCUUCUCAUGUCUAGAAACAGUCAUUGUGUUUAAAUGGCAACUACCGUGUGUUGGCUGUGCUUAACUUUUGUGGACUGUUUCCUAUUUUGCGUUGAAGUUCACCACAGUGCAAAAUGUGUCUUGAAAGAUAAUGUGUUUAGAGUUUUGCAAAAAGGGUGACUCAGAUCUGCAAAUUGUGUUUCACCAAACAAGUGACUAAUUCAAUAAAUGAGUUUUGGCAGUUGGCAGUUUUGUUCCAAGAAUGAAAUGUAGUGUUUCAGUAAUUCAGAAAGACUAUAAGUGCUGGGACCCUGAAUAUGUCCCAGAAUCUUUGCCCCUUUGAUGCCUCUGAUGAUGCGUGUUUGUAAAUCAGGAUAUGUGUGCAGUGUAUGCUACAGGCUUGGUUGUUGGCCUGGCAGAUACAAUUGGAGAUUAAAGCCUGCUGAUUGUUGGUCAGCAUGGUGUUGCUGGUAAAGUCUAUUAAUGAAAACACUGAAAAUGAUGUAUGCAUCUUUUUUUAGGGCGUCAGGUGGUAUUGUUGCAGCUACAACAGGAGAUUAGCCGCAAGGUCAAAUCACUAAAGAUACUUGUAUUUUUGAGCAGUGUAUAAAUAGUCUUUAAACAGUCCCUGAAUACUCCCAUAAACUAACUUUUCGGAUGGGAAUCUCAUCUCCCCGGCCUUACUGCUGACUGAUUUUGUUCAGAGAGCCACAUGGGACGGAUUUGGGGUCAGGACGUGAGAAAGGCAUGAGAAAGUAGGUCCACCUAUGCCUGUUUCUGCUUCAGCAGGGGGAAGCGUUGGCAGAAAAACAUACCAGCCUUUCUGCUGCUGAACAGACACCUCUGACUAAAACAUUUUUUUUGCCUCUUUUUAUAAACACUUGUAUAUCCUGCAUGGUUUCUAUGCAGCUAUUUUUUGUGUCUUUUUUUCCAUGGUUCAGUAGUAAAAAUAGGGCCUGAUAUAUGUAUAACAACCAGGAAAUGCACACAAAAAGAAUUUAUUCUAUAAAAUAUAGAAAACCAGUUGAACUAGAUCACUAUCGCUGAAGGGCAUUAUUGACGGCUGGGGGAUUUUGAUGCUUAACACUACAAAUAGUAUCCCAGCUACAUGUUGUACAAAACCUGAGGGCCCAAAGCCAUAUGGAAUGAAAACAGCAAAUAUAAAGCAAUUAGGUUCAAAUUUAGCACUUUCGGCCCUGUCAACAGAGCAAUUUUACCUGAGCGCGUGCAGAUAUGCACACACAAACCGACACUGGAGAUGCUGUAGAUGAAAACAUUGAAAACAGAACAGGCUUGGCAUUCUGGGCCUUCUGGGUAAUACACGGUACAGCGCUGCCUUUGUUUUGUUAGGUCAGUCUUAGAAGGUCACCCGCACAUUGGCUCGUCCUAUCGCGCUGCGUUACUCUGAGGAACAGAAUCUUGCAGACGAUAUUAUCCUCGCAUUAACCUGCCAAGCUUUAGGCCCUGUUGGUGAUUAGCUUUGGCUUUCGUAGGAAAACCUACCUUCAUCAUUCGGUUCCUCGUUGGCCUGUUUUUUUGUGCUCUGCCUUGUCUCCGGUCUCCCCAUUAAAUUCUCCAUCCCAUUCGUCCGGCACUCAUCCCCCUCCCCCCAGUCUCUGCGCCUCAUUCCCCCAUUUUCCUGCCACGAUCAGACCCAGUCCUGGAGCUCUGAGGUUGAAUGCAGCGGCUCAUUGGACAUGCCAUUCCCGUCUCCCUUCUCUUCAGGCGCUCCCCAAGGGAGAGGCAGUCUUAUGUCCCACGGUGGGGGCAGCCUAGAAGGGUAAUGAAUAAGUAAACAAGGCCGACGCCGUCUGUCACGCAGCCUAGAUGGGCUUCCCCCUCACUCCGGGCAGAAUGUUCCGGGCUGGAGCUCCUCUGUUCGUUUGGCUAUCAUGGCGGCACUUUCACCCGUGUCUGACCUUUCUGCAAGGUGACUCUUGAUGCCAAAGGGGACACUGGGUUGGACAUGGCUGCUGUUUAGCAGCAUACGGUGUUCAGUGAGGUCAGGCACCGGAGGGGGUCUAAGGACGCAAGAUUAAUUUUGUGAGGUCACAGCAGAGCGAUUAUGUGUGAGGACGUGGUCAUGGUUACGUGACAGAAGGCUGAGAAACCCGGUUUGGGUGAUAGUAUCAAAAUGCUCAACCUACUGUAUCCAUGGUACUUUCAUGGGUGUGGAUGAUUUACAUUGAGGCAGACCCCUAACAUACUCAUUUCCCCCAGGUACCCCAGUUUUCCAAAAUUAAAUCCUUCAGUUAUCUCUGUGCAUCCACUUCACAACCCCACCUACCAAGUUCUAACCAAAUGAAGAUGAAUAACAGAUUGUCAACCCAUCAGUUUCAUUAAUUUACCUCUUCCACUUAAAAUCGAUCUAAUGACGCUCAUAAUAACUAACAUCUCAUGCACAGACCACACAGAAAGAUUUCGAUUAUUGAAAUAUGUCACCUGCAUAAAUAAUCAUGUAAUACCACAAAUUAUGGACAAUUAAGUCUUCGUGCUAUUAUUUAACCGACAAUAAGCGGCUCAGCUCCAUGAUUGGCUGCAAACACAACAAAUGGCCGUCAUUAUAAAAAUUCCACUAUUUCAUAUUAUUCCGCUGAAUACUAGAAUAGCAUGCGAAAUGCGUGGAAAAGCCUCGUGCUUACGAUGCAUCUUGGCUCGCGUCGGCGCAAAGUGAGGGAGGACGGCGCGACAGCCGCCGAACUCGCGCACACACAGACAGCACGCUCGCGCAGUCGGGUUGCCGCUUCUCGCCGGCUGGACCUCCCGCGUGCCCAGUCAGCGAGCGGUGGCCGAAGCUCGGCCGAACGGCAUAAAUCAAGGGAUCGCUUGGAGUAAAUCGAGCGGACGGGACGACUGUCGCACGAGAAGUCUCGAUCUUUUCUUUUGCAUGAAUGGACAGGGAGAAAGGGAACGUGCGCUUCAAACCUGGCUUCUCCUUUCCUCGAGUUUGAACAUAUUUCUUUUGACAGGACGUGUUCGCCAGCCCUGGAUCGGAACCUGCCACCGGACAGCUCACCCUACUGCGGCACCGCUGCCACGGGUGCCAUGACCCAGGAGACGCGUGACGCCGUGCCGCCCACGGAUGAACCCUCGCGGACCACGGUGGACGGGGCGACAGGCGGCGGCGAGGAGCUGGAGGUGGCAGUGGAGAGGAUGUGCGUCACAGAUGGGAAUGAAGUGGAUGCCCAUGCGGAGGGCGGACCGAGGGAUGACGACAGCGGACCUGCGCAGGAAGUGCACCAAGAGACUUUGCACAUGUGCGACCGUGGCCUGAGAGAUCCUGAUAGGGAGAAGAACGGGGAUGUGGAGGAGAACGAGGAGGAGGAUGAGGAGGAGGAGUGCCAGGUGAACGGGGCGCAGGAUAGCCAGGACAGUUUCAGCUCGCGCUUCGAGUGCAUUGUGGAGGAGGUGGACCUGGAGGUGCUGGAGGAGGACGAGGGAGAGGCGGAGAACCGGGACGGCUUCAGCUCCACGUUCGAGCGCAUCGUGGAGCAGGUGCGGCUGGAGGUGGAAGCAGAGGAUGGGGAGGACGAGAAGGAGGAGGCACGGGAGAACCAGGACGGCUUCAGCUCCACAUUCGAGCGCAUCGUGGAAUCUGAGCUGCUCCGGGGGACCUGCUACAGCAGCUUGGACUCGCUGGACGUGCUGUCGCUGACGGACGAAACGGACAGCUGCGUCAGCUUCGAGGCGCCGCUCACCCCGCUCAUCCAGCAGAGGGCGCGAGAGGUCCCAGAGCUAGCAGAGCCACUGGAGCUCCCCACAGUGGUGGAGCAGGAGGGACCAGAGGCCGGGAUGGAAGCCGGCUCGGAUGAAGGGCGGGGCCAUGCAGAUAACAUGGGCAGCCCGCUCCGGAACUCCAUCACUAGCAGCCGGUCAGAGAACGUGCUGAGUCGCUCAGCGUUCCGCACCCUGCCUAACGGGUUCCACAUGGAUCCCCACGGGCCGGCGGACAGCGCCAGCAUCUUUCCUAACUCCAUGAGCGACGCCAACCUCGCGGACGUCCUGUCCGACUCGGAUGCGGAGCAGGGCAGCACGGACACGCUGGCCAACGGCUGCCGGGCGGACGGCGAAGCCGCCAAACGCCUGGCCAAGCGGCUCUUCCACCUGGAGGGCUUCAAGCGCUGUGACGUGGCUCGACACCUCGGCAAGAAUAACGAGUUCAGCCAGCUGGUGGCGGCAGAGUACCUGCGCUUCUUCGACUUCACGGGGAUGCCCCUGGAUAAGGCCCUUCGAACAUUCUUGAAGGCCUUUCCACUGAUGGGUGAGACGCAGGAAAGGGAGCGUAUACUGAUUCACUUCUCCAAGAGGUUCUGCUGCUGCAACCCUGAGACGCUGACGUCCGAAGACGGCGUGCACACGCUGACCUGUGCCCUCAUGCUGCUCAACACAGAUCUGCACGGCCAUGUGAAUAUCGGGAAGAAGAUGUCUUGCCAACAGUUCAUUAGUAACUUGGAUGGCCUGAACGACGGUGCUGAUUUUCCGAAGGAUUUAUUAAAGGUCCUGUACAGUUCAAUAAAGAAUGAAAAACUGGAGUGGGCAAUUGAAGAAGAGGAGCUGCGGAAGUCCCUGUCUGAGCUGGUGGAGGAGCAGUGUGACUGCGGAGGUAAGCGGGUGGCACGGGUCACAGAUGGCAACAACCCUUUCAUCGCCAUCCCGCUCCUCCUGAACGCCAUCACCUACAAGCACGGUGUCCUGACCCGCAAGAGCCACGCCGACAUGGACGGCAAGCGCACUCCAAGAGGUCGCAGAGGCUGGAAGAAGUUCUACGCUGUGCUAAAAGGCACGAUCCUCUACCUGCAGAAGGAUGAGUACAAACCAGACAAGGAUCUGUCUGAGGUCGAUCUGAAAAACGCAGUACGGAUUCACCACGCCCUCGCCACCAGAGCCAGCGACUACAGCAAGAAGCCCAACGUGCUCAAACUCAAGACCUCGGACUGGAGAGUGUUUCUGUUCCAGGCCCCGAGCGAAGAGGAGAUGAUGUCGUGGAUUUUGCGCAUUAACUUGGUGGCGGCGCUGUUCUCAGCCCCCGCCUUUCCCGCUGCCAUCGGCUCCAUGAAGAAGUUCUGUAGACCCUUGCUGCCGUCGUCCUCGACCAGACUGAGCCAGGAGGAGCAGCUGAGGUCCCAUGAGACCAAGCUGAAGCAGAUCACCUUGGAGGUGGAAGAGCACAGCCGGAAUCCCCCGGACCUGACUCUGAAGACCAAGGAGUCGGAGGAGUACAGGCUGAAGGAGCACUAUCUCACAUUCGAAAAAAGUCGGUACGAGACGUACGUCACCCUGCUGCAGACCAAACUGAGGGCAGCCAGCGACGACCUGGACAAGAUCGAGGCUUACAUCCUGGGCGGCGAGGCCCCAGACGGGUACCUGCGUAAGACCCAGUCCAGCCCGGCCCUCAGCCACGGGCGCGGCUCCAACGGGCGGGCAGAGGGCAAGAGCAGCCUGGCUGACCAGGAGCAGCGGAGCUGAGACUGCAGGACUGCACAUCCUAAAACAGUGUUUCCCAAUCCGGUUCUCGAGGACCUGCAGACAGUUCACGUUUUUGCUCCCUCCCAGCUCCCGGUAGGAAGCAAAAAUGUGGACUGUCUGGCAGGGAGCUGGGAGGGAGCGAGAACACGGACCGUCCCCGGGGACCAGACUGGGAAACACUGGUGUAGAGUAUUAUUAUGACUGCUAUCAUUAGUUUCUUCAUUAUGAUUAUUAUUAUUGUUGUUAUUAAUAUCAUGUACAUAUAUAUUGUGCCAAAAAUGAAAAUGAAAAAAGAAGAAGAAAUAAAGCCUAAAGCUGUAUCCAGUGACAAGGGACGGCCAGUGCGAAGGAGGACAAGGUGCUGUGCGCAGGUGUGUGCAGCUGUGCCAUCAGGCUGAACACUGUGCCUGCAACUGCGCGCUUACGCAAACGCGUGCACUCACAUGCGCGGCUGACAGGCGUGCAGCUUGCAGUGCGUCAUAAAGGGCUAAACUGCAUGCGGCUCGGGAUGAGCGCGACUCACAUGAAGGGAGCGCAUCCUGUCCUGGCUGCCGCUGUCUCUGCAGUGCAAUACCCAAGCAGUGCCAGCAGAAGGCGGCGCUGAGGUGUUUUUUUUUUCUUGUAGCCUAAUCAUUGCACUUGAUUGGGUUUAGGGUUUAAGCUAGAGGAUGUGCCGUUUAAUGUCGAUCAUAUCCGCAGCAUUUGGGUGCGGGACUUUGCUAAAAAGCCAGCCGCAGUAGGAGGAAUUCCUGCACUUUGUGGAUAUGUGGUUCGAGUGUGGGGCCUGGCUGGUUCAUGUGCAUGUUGAGGGACGAGUGAGGCAUGGAUGUGCUUCUGACAGACAGGGCAACGCGCAGAGCAUGGUCCGCCUCUGCUGCACGUUUCAGAUCCCGGGUAACGUGACUGACUUGCUGAGUUCCUUCCUCCCGUCUUAACGUGAUUUGUCGGAGGCCUUGUUCACACGUGGGGUCGUCAGCAGACGUGAAACGGACGGCUCACUCUUGUCACGGAGGGGUGUACGUGGAGAAAGAGAGAGCACGCUUCUCUCGGAUUCAAGAGAAGACAGGAUGUGGUGGAGGUAUGAGGUGUCUGAUACGGCUGCUGUCCCUGCUUCCGCCGGGCGCAGUGUCCGACGCCGUCCCACAGGACGGGGACUCUGCCAGACUGCGCGUGGUGCUGGGGACCAUGCUAGGCUCAGUAUUUUGCCAGGGUUUCCCUGGAAUGAACUGUUGAACAUUUUAUACCUUCAUAAUAACCUUUCAUAUUCUGAGAGUCACAUGUUGUUCCCUGCUCUAGUGCUGGCCUUUGUUUUCCAGAUGUUUUAGAUGAGUGAUGUUGUCAUAUAGAAUUGUGGCAUUAAUUUAAAAUGUUUUUUUUUCCCUUAAGGAAUCCCCAAUACCAUUAAAUUGGGUUUCCCUUUUGACUGUUUUUUUUUUGUAUAUAAAAAAAAACUUUACAAAAA